AUGACAGUCGCGGACCAGACGUCCGCCUGUGCCGACAAGAAGGAGCCCGCAGCCGCCUCUCCGAGCAACGGAAAGAAGGGAAUUCCUCGCUAUGGUCCGGACAGCGUCCACAGUUGGAUGACGGCAGGAGCAUGCGCUCUCGCAACGUUUUUCGGUGUCGCUGGAAGAAGGUCAAGCGGCUUCUUGUACGUGGCCAUAUUGGAUACGUUCAACGCCACCAGGUCACAAGCUGCAUGGCCCAUCAUAUUACUUGGCGGAGUCUUACUACUCACAGGUCUCGUUGCUGGGCCAUUAGCACACCGGUACACAGCACGGCCGGUGGCCAUAGUCGGCGGUACUAUUGGAGCCCUCGGCCUCAUCGUAUCCUAUUUCGCAACCAACAUUGAAUACCUCGUUUUCAGCUUGGGCAUUGUCCAUUCUAUCGGGAGUGGCAUGCUCUUCGUCGCUAUUCCGACUGUCAUCAACGAACACUUCGUUCGGUACAAGGGCUUUGCCAUGGGCAUCAAUUUCGCCGGCGCCAGCAUGGGCACGUUUGUCUUUCCAAAGUUCCUUGAAAUGGCGACCAACCAGUACGGAUUCAAAAGUGCCCUUCUGCUCUUCGGCGCUCUUUGCCUCAAUGCCGUUGCCUUCAGCCUAUUCCUGCGUCAACCUUCCUGGCUGAAGAAAAAGCUGAAGGAGCAGAAGGAGCAGCAAGUUCAGGCGGAGAAGUUGCGCAGCGUAAACGAUACUUCAGGGCACCCCACAAGUGUCAAGAAGCUCGAAUUCGUGCCUGGAUCAUUUCGUCACGGGCUCACCGUGUUCUCGUGCCCCAUGUUUUACGUGGUGAUGUACUCUUACAUUGCGUUCAGCUUCGCGUUCGAGUGCUACAUCUCGCUGCUGGUGGACUUCGCCAUUGACCGCGGAGUCAGUGUGUCUAACGCGGUGACCGUGCUCUCCACCAGUUCUGUGGCGUGUCUGGUCGGUCGGCUAACACUUCCUGUGCUGGCCGACAAAGGAUACUUCACUCGGCAAGCCCUGAUGACCGUCUGCUUAGCGUGCAUAGGAUGCCUCUACAUCAUGCUUCCCUUAGUCGAGAGCUACGCGAUGGUGUUCGUCAUGGCUGCUUCAAUUGCCUUCUGCGUCGGCAUCCCUGUAGUGCUUUUCUCUGUGCUGUGUGCAGAGUAUGUGGGCAUCGAGCGAGUGUCUAUGGCCUUCGGCAUGGUGUCCGCUUCGGCAGGGAUGACGUCGUUAGCGAGGCCACCCGUCAUAGGUUACUUCCGGGACGAGGUGGGAUCCUACGACAACCUGUUUCGCCUGUGCGGUUCUGCAGUGACCCUGGCCGCCAUCAUCUGGAUCUUCGUUCACAUCAGGCUCUGCGUCACUUCCAAGCAUACGUCGACGUUGGGAAAUGACACAUUCUAUGGCUCCGAGGACGCCAGUGUAAAAAAGAAGAACCAACCUUAAAUCAGCCAAUCUCCAAGUGAACGUAAAUUAUGUGCGCGUUACGAAGCGUUGCCUGCUGUAACGCUGUAGCUUAGCU